AUAUUGACCCAUUGCCAUAGAAUUCAUUCAUUCCCAUGUUGAUAAUGUUAGUAUUGAUUGAUUUGGUAUUAUUAGAUUAGACUAGCAUUUCCCAUUCCAUUCAUAACUUAACAUAACGAAACAUAACAUAACAUAACAACCCACCCACACCCACCACCAUUUCUUCUCUAUUUCCCAUUUUCCAUUACCCACACGCACUUUCACAUUUCACAUCUCACAUCAUCAUCAUCACCACCACUGUCUCCAUCAUCAUCGUCAUCGUCAUCGGAACUUUCCCCUGGCCUCGGCCUUCGUGCACCUUCCGACCGCCGCCGAUCUCUCUCUUCUCCCUUUCUCGCUCUAGCUGCUGCUGAGAGCUGAGAUUCGACGAUUCACUUGCUCAAUUUGGUAUGUUGGUUGCCCUUGUUUGGAAUCAUGGUUGCGUUUCCGUACUAUUUCACCAUUUUUGGGGAAGAACCUAAGCUGAUUAAUUAAAACCUACCUCCUUUCAAUUCUGCUUCCGAUCCGUCACUUUGAAUUCACUAUUCACUGCUGUUUCUAGUUUUUUUUUUUUUUUUUGGUUAAAUUGUUGGAUCUUUAAUAAGUUGUUAUAGAGAUUGGGAUUUGAUUCCGUCCAUGGAGGCCAGAUUUGGCGGCGAAGCUCACCAUUUCUACGGCAUGAGCACUGCGGAUUUGCCGAAAAGGGCGAAUCUUGAAUGGGAUUUGAACCAUUGGAAAUGGGAUGGAGACCUUUUCAUCGCCAGUUCUGUGGUGAAUCCGGUGGUGGGAGUGGGAGUGGGACCUUCCUCCCAUGCCAUGGCUAGCAGUAGUAGCAGACAGUUUUUCCCACUUGGGUCGGGGGCGGGGGGUUCGUCCAACAGCUCGUCGUCGUGUUCGGAGGGUGGGAAUCUGGGGAUGAUUGAGAAAGGGAAGAGGGAAUUGAUGGUAGAGAAAAGGAGAAGAGUUAAUGUGGUUGAGGAAGAAGACAAUUUAAAUGAUGGUGAUGAAGCUGGUACUCUUACUCUUAAGCUUGGAGGAGGAGGGCGUGUUUAUAAUCAAACUUCUGAAAGGGAAGUGGGGGUUAAUAAUUGGGAGGGAACCAGUGGGAAGAAGACUAAAUUGGCUGCUGGGGGUUCUUCGAGCCGCGCAGUUUGUCAGGUCGAAGACUGCGGUGCUGAUCUGAGCAGCGCUAAGGAUUACCACCGAAGGCAUAAGGUUUGCGAGAUGCAUUCCAAGGCCUGUAAGGCGCUUGUUGGCAAUGUCUUGCAACGUUUCUGUCAGCAGUGUAGUCGGUUUCAUGUCCUUCAAGAGUUUGAUGAAGGGAAGAGAAGUUGCCGGAGACGAUUAGCCGGUCAUAACAAACGGAGAAGAAAAACAAAUCCCGACCCUGUGGUUAAUGGAAGUUCGCUAAAUGAUGACCAAACUAGUGGUUAUCUAUUGAUAAGUCUACUGAGGAUACUGUCCAACAUGCAUUCAAAUAGAUCUGACCAGAGUCACCAGACUACAGAUCAGGAUUUGUUAUCUCAUCUUUUAAGGAGCCUUGCUAGCCAAACAAGUGACCAUGGGGGGAAAAAUAUUGCUGGACUCUUGCAAGAACCUCAAAAAUUGUUGAAUGAAGGGACUUCAGUUGGGAACUCAGACGUUGUUUCUACUUUUAUUGCAAAUAGUUCUCAAGGUCCUCCAAGACCUAUCAAACAACAUCAAACGGUCUCUGUAUCCGAAAUUCCACAACAAGGGGUUCAUCUGCAUAAUGCCAACGGUGGAAGUAUACAAGCCACAUCUUCUAUAAAGCCAAGCAUUCUGAAUAGCCCUCCAUCUUACUCAGAAGCAAGAGACGGUACUGCAGGACAAAUCAAGAUGAACAAUUUCGAUUUGAAUGAUAUAUAUAUUGAUUCAGAUGACAGUGUGGAAGAUCCAGAGAGAUCGCCUCCGACUACGAAUGCGGUGACUAGCUCUCUUGAUUGCCCUUCAUGGGUACAACAAGACUCUCAUCAGUCAAGUCCACCUCAAACAAGUGGAAAUUCAGAUUCAGCAUCUGCUCAGUCACCCUCUAGCUCCAGUGGAGAAGCUCAGAGCCGCACGGAUCGAAUUGUCUUUAAACUCUUUGGGAAAGAGCCAAAUGACUUUCCUCUUGUCCUGCGCGCACAGAUUCUUGACUGGUUAUCUCAUAGUCCUUCUGAAAUUGAGAGCUACAUCAGACCUGGUUGUAUCAUUUUAACAAUUUACCUACGUCAGUCAGAGACAGCCUGGGAAGAGCUAUGUGACGACCUCAGUUCCAGUUUGAGUAGGCUCCUGGAUGUCUCAGAUGACAGCUUUUGGAGAAGUGGAUGGAUUUUUAUUAGGGCCCAGCAUCAAAUUGCCUUUAUUUACAAUGGUCAGGUUGUCGUAGACACAUCCUUGCCUCUCAGAAGUAGCAAUUACAGCAAGAUUGUAAGCGUCGAGCCUAUUGCAGUACCUGCGUCUGAGAGAGCUCAAUUUUCAGUCAGAGGCAUUAACUUGGUUCGGCCUACCACAAGGUUAUUUUGUGCUCUAGAAGGGAAGUAUCUGGUUCAGGAAGCCACUCACGAGUUAAUGGAAAGUGUUGACAACGUGGAACAUGAUGAGCAAUGCAUCAACUUUUCUUGUCCUAUUCCUGUAACAAAUGGACGAGGCUUUAUAGAGAUUGAAGAUCAAGGCCUUGGAAGCAGCUUCUUUCCUUUCAUAGUUGCGGAGGAGGAUGUUUGUUCAGAGAUCCGUGUGCUUGAGAGUUCCCUGGAGCAUGGGCGAACUGGAAAACCAGAUACUUACAAUCAAGCUGUGGACUUUAUUCAUGAAAUGGGUUGGCUUCUUCACAGAAGUCAAUUGAGAUCUAGAUUGGGUCACUUGGAUCCUAAUGCAGAUCCUUUUCCUUUAAAGCGAUUCAAGUGGAUUAUGGAGUUUUCUAUGGACCAUGAUUGGUCUGCUGUAGUGAGAAAACUGUUGGACAUUCUACAUGAUGGAAAUGUUGGGGCAGGAGAUGAUCAUUCCAUUAGUCUGGCACUAUCAGAAAUGGGUCUUCUUCACAGAGCUGUGAGAAGAAACAGUAGGCCUCUAGUGGAAGUUCUCUUGAAAUAUGUCCCCAAGAAUUUAUCGAAUAAUUCGGAAUCUGAAGACAAGGCAGUGAGUAAUGAAGUCAACAAGGGUUUCUUGUUUAGACCGGAUGUCAUUGGCCCUGCAAGCUUAACUCCACUCCACAUUGCAGCUGGAAAGGAUGGUUCAGAAGAUGUACUGGACGCAUUAACUAAUGAUCCCGGAAUGGUGGGAAUUGAAGCAUGGAAGAGUGCUCACGACAGCACAGGCUCUACACCUGAAGAUUAUGCUCGUUUGCGUGGGCAUUACUCAUACAUCCGCCUUAUUCAACGGAAAAUUAACAAGAGACCUGCAAGUGGGCAUGUGGUUGUUGACAUACCCAGCAACCUUAACGACUGCAGUACAAGCCAGAAGCAGAAUGAGCCAGUAAGCAGCUUCCAGAUUGGAAGGACUGAGUUAAGACGCAAUCAGCAUCCAUGCAGGCUUUGCGACCGGAAGCUGGUUUAUGGAACGACCAGCAGCUCUGUGGUGUACAGGCCUGCAAUGCUGUCAAUGGUAGCCAUUGCCGCCGUAUGUGUUUGUGUAGCCCUUCUAUUCAAGAGUUCACCAGAAGUGCUGUACGUAUUCCAGCCAUUCAGGUGGGAAAGGUUGGAGUAUGGCACGAGCUGAUGUCCCCAUCUGCGCCGACCCUCGUACAAAAUAUUAUGGCUGUUUGAUCCUACGUCGUAUGCAUUGUUUAGACUCUAUUAAAAGUGAGAUUUGGUGUAGAAUGAAGCUGUGAUUUGGAUACAAUAAUAUUAUUGACAUAAUGAUUCUCUACUAAUUUAUUUGGUGUAACCCUGGAUAGGCGUCUUGCCUCUCUAUACUCUCUCUUUGUGAUAUUCUGCGCUGGUAAAAGUUAGAAAGCAGCGUAAUGGUCUGUUUCUUGCAAAAAAAAAUUUUUUUUUUUUU